AUGGCGAGUGAGGAGGAUGAGUUUCAGAUCUUCUCGGCUUCUCCCCAACGUUGGCGAGCGGCAUCGGACAGCCGAGGAGAGGAGACGCUGCAGGAGGAGGGAAGGGGUCUCUGCCUCUCUGACUUGCAGCGAGAAGCGCAUGCAAGCAAGAUCGAGAACAUCAGGAGGCAGCUAGCCAUGUCGCACGUCGCCGUUGUCGGGAAGAAGGUAGGGAGGUCCUCCUCCAGCCGGCCGACUGGCGAUGGGAUGGUGGAUCUCAUCAAGAGGAGGAGCGAGGGAGAGGAUGAGAGCGAGAGGUCAAGGGCUACGAUGACGAGAAGCCUGAUGGAGACGAGGCCCUCCAAGUCAGCGGAAGUGAUGCGGCACUUGCUGUCAAGCCUGGCAGAGAAGGAGAGGUUGUGGGGCGAGGAGCUGAUGCGAGGCAGCAAGCUGGAAGCAGAGAACGCUGAGCUUAGAGCAAAGGUGGAGGCCCUGCAGGAGAAGACGUCGCACUUGCAGCAGCGCAUGCAGUCAGAUCACGAGUUCUACAACAAGUCGAUCGAUGAGAUGAACGCGAAGGUGGCGAGGAAAGAUGAAGAGCUGUUACAGCUCCACUCCCUCAACCUCUCUCUCGUCGACAAGCUUUCCUGGAGCAAGACCAAGAUCCGCCAGCUGACGCAGAGGAAUCGCCUGCUGCAAAAGUUCUCAGCUGCUGACAGCACUAGGAGGAAGAGGCACGAGCGAUCGGUAGGACAGUCAACGGAGGAGGAGAGCUUUGAGGAGAGCGACACGGACAUGGCGGAGGACAACGUCGACAGGAGAAGCUACAACAAGAAGCUGCAGGAGUUGUACGCGCUCAAGGCGCUGAGGAGGUGA